CAGAUGGGCACACAGAGCCGCGUGGCGGGUCCAAGCCACCGCCGUACGCCGGUAGUCGUCAAGCCUGUUCGACCGCUCUUGAUCGGCAGGACCCUUCCAAGUCGCGGCAACAACAACCCUGACCGAACUGCCUCAACCCAGCUUAACCAGCCCGCCAGCCAGCCUGCCAGCCUCGUGAAUAGGCCCCCGAUGACCACAUCGGACCCCGUAUGAGAAUUGCCCAGCCAACCGGCCAGUUGUCCGAGCAGGUUAAUUGCAAUAUUGCCCAUUCACACGCAGAUCUCAGGUUCAACAUGUGCCCCCAAGACCGCCUCUGAAGCCGGCCUGUCCUUACAGCUGCCUAACCACCACUUUCUUGUCGUCCAGGAAGUCCGGACUUCCGCAUGACAGACAGACCGUUUCCAUCCAAUAGAACAAACGAUCAGUGUCUUUUUAGCCCCGCUGUAUUUCUUGCUCACGAGGUUGGAAGGGCACUGAGCUGUCAUUGUCCGGUGGUUUCACACUACGAGGCGGGCAACGUAAUGUUGACUGCUGCUGCGCCAUGCUUAUUGUUUAACCCAGCCGACCUAACCACCCCCACUGGGAUGUGGGUGAACGACAGAUCAGUUUGCCUCACGGCCCCUGAAGUUCAUACCAGCCCAUCAAUGACCAAUACAGUUUAUAAAGAUGUUGUGUCUCUCACUUGCUCACGCCGUCCAUAUGACGCUUCUGAGAACCAUCGUUGUUCCACACAAGAGAUACCAAACUGCAACUUAAUAGCCGGCUAGUGUUCUUAAAGGACUACCGGGCGCAAGCUUGAUUGACAACCAAUUAUGAAGUCGUCUAUUCUUCCCCUAUUUGCCGUCGCCCUGUCUCUCACGGCGACGGUCUCCUCGCUUCCAAGCCCACAAAACCAAGACGGACAAUGGGACGCCAGCCAAUGGGGUGAAGGUAGCAGUGGCAGCGGCAGCGGCAGCAGCGGAGGCGGACAAGAGGGAGGUUGGGAUGCCGCAUCGACAACAGACUGGGCGAACUCAUGGGCUACAGCCACCUCAACUGGCAGCUAUGCCGCAUCAACAGCAGUGGAAGCCGCCACAUCGGCCUCGACCUCGACCUCGACCUCGAAUGUUGCCUGCAAUAAUUCGCCCGACCUCUGCUCAAGGCAAUACAGCAACGUGACCCACAUGGGCGCCCACGACGCGGCCUUCCUCCGGGACUCGUCCACGGACAACUCCGUCGCCGGAAACCAGUACUACAAUGCCACGGCAGCCUUGAACGCCGGCAUUCGACUGCUCUCUCUGCAGGUGCACAACUCGAAUGAAACUCUUCAGCUGUGCCACACAACGUGCUCGUUGCUCGAUGCUGGCACUCUCGAGGACUUCCUGGUCAAGAUCAAGUACUGGAUGGAUGAGAACCCGAACGAAGUGGUCACUCUGUUGAUUGUCAACUCAGAUGACGAGGACGUGGCCUCCUUUGGCGCCGUGUUCGAGAGCUCCAACAUCUCUUCGUACGGCUACGCGCCCGCCACCGCCGGCGCUAGCAACACCUGGCCGACCCUUCAGACCAUGAUCGACGAAGGGACGAAAUUGGUUACAUUUAUUGCAACCAUUACAUACUCGACGACCUACCCCUACCUCCUCAACGAGUGGGACUACGUCUUCGAGACCGCCUACGAGGUCACCUCCCUCGCGGGCCUGAACUGCACCGUCGACCGGCCGUCGGGCGUGUCUGACGCUAGCUCGGGCAUCUCCUCGGGCUACCUGCCCCUAAUGAACCACUUCGUCUACCAGUCCAUCACCAGCAGCAUUGAGGUGCCCAACGUUGAGAUCAUUGACACCACAAAUAGCCCCGACACGGGCACUCUCGGUACCCUGGGCCAGCAUGCCGCCACCUGUAACUCGGAGUGGGGCACCGCGCCCGUGUUCGCCCUGGUCGACUUCUACAGCGAAGGCCCGGCCAUCGACACGGCUGACAGCCUCAAUGGGAUCGCCCCUGAGGGAAGGUCCGAUAGCAGCAGCGCGACGAGCGAUGCCUCCUCGGGUCUCGGCCCCGCUGGAGCCAAGACCGGCGCCCUGGUUGCGUUCCUGGCUGCGGCUGUGUUGAUAUGCUAGGAGCCAAGUGUGAUGCCGUCGUGGCAUGCCUGCUCCUCAUGCGCGUUUUGAAAGGUCUUGGGACAUGAGUGAUGACUGCCCUAUUUUCAGUUGCAUAGCGAUGGAGUUCUUGGGAUUUACGGGAUACCAUGAGACAAUGCCUUUUGGAUGCAAGUCACACCAAUGCUUCCUUGGUGAUGACUGAGAAUACAUAGACUUUCCUAUAUUUACAGAUAUUAAUCAUCUUCCACUUCACUCAUAUCAGCUUACUCUAGUUUU